CCAGUCCGUCGCGGCGCACAGGACGGGGAAGGCCUCGAGCACGAGCAGCUUCCACCGCCGGUCCGCGGCGUCUAAAACCUCGGCCACGACGGCGUAGGACCGCGGCUGCGCCUGGGCAGCACAAGAGUGAUUCAACGUCGCUUCAACGUGAGUGUUCCGCGCGCGCGCGUUCCGGAAAAAGCAUCCACGCUUCGAGACCGUUCCGAGAGAUGAUCGCUCGUCCAAAAGUCAGGCGAAGCGGGUGGAAAACGGCCGAGAUAUGAGCCUUUGAAGUUGGGAAUUUCGCUCUCUUUUGCUGCCCGCGGCUGCGCCUCCUGCCGCAGGUCGUCGGCGGCCCAGAUCUCGCCCGUCGCCGCCGUGCGCCGCUCGAGGCCGAUGCCCGCGAAGGCGCGCGACGCGUGCACGACGUGGGUCUUGAAGAGCUGCGCCGCGAGCGUGAGCGCUCUUUCCUGCUCGCGGCUCCGCGACGCGCCCCGCAGCGCCUCCGCGGCCUCGACGAAGCGCAGCGUCUCGACCUGCGGCUCGCUCAGGACCGCCUCGAAGGCGCACCGGAAGGCCCCGGAGCGCGCGAGGAGCUUGCGCAGCGCGCCGCCGACGUCCAGCGACUCGCCGGGCGGGCCGAGGCGCAGCAGCGGCGAUUGGACGCGCGGGCCGAGCUGGCCGUGCUUCCGGAUGCCCGUGAAGCGGCCGUUGCCGAGCAAGGCGCUCGCCACCGAGGCGGCCCGGCCGGCGCCGCUCACGUGCUUUGGGGGCGGCAGCACCGCCGCCAUCCCACUCUCGAAGCCGAAACCGCGGCCGCGUCUGGAUACAAUGUUAUUGAACAUAUCAAGACGAUAUACUUGAGUAUAGUCUGUGGCUCUGCGGCCUGUUCCAGCCGCGAAGAGAAGCAUGGCCGCCAUGGAGGGCAAACGGCGCGUGUCGAUCCACGACCCCUUCGACGGGAACGAGGACAACAACCCCUACAAGGUCAAGGGGUCGCGCCUGCGCGCGCACACCCAGGGCGACAAGUUCACCGAACUCUGCAACCAGGAUCCGGUCGACCAGUGCGAGUACUUCCUCAAGAGCUUCAUCUUCGCCCUCGGCGACUCCUGGAAGGACGUGCCCCAGAUGUGCUCCGACUACCAGAAGCACGCGAAGGACACGGGCCCGUCGGACUGCUCCAUGAACCACAUCCAGGCCGCCGACUUCCUCCAGAAGCACGGCAAGACGCGCACGGGCAUCCAGCGCAAGCACGAGAUCGAGGACGUCGACAUGAACAGCGACGGCCAGAUCUCGUUCAUCGAGUACCUCAUCCUCCACUACAAGGCGAUGAUCCUCAAGGAGUACUACGAGCGCCACGAGGCCGCGCCCGAGGAGGACCUGGGCAACGACUGCGUCGGCGUCUGCGGCGUCGGCAAGAAGCUCCUCGAGGAGCUCUUCACCAUGCCCAAGGGCCUGAGCCCGCAGCUCGAGGCCGCGCUCGAGGCCUUCGCGGACGAGAAGAAGAAGCGCGAGGCGAAGAUCAAGGAGCUCACGGCCAAGGCGGAGAAGGGCGGCGUCAAGGGCAUGGCCGCCAAGCAGGAGCUCGUCAUCCUCGAGAGCGGCGACAAGACGGAGAUGAACCGCAUCGAGCUCACGCUCAACGCCGCGAAGCGCAAGGCCAACAAGCAGAGCGGCGAGGACGCCCUCAAGAAGGAGAAGGAGAAGCAGGCCGCCGAGCUCAAGAAGGCCGCCGAGGCCAAGAAGGCCAAGAUGAAGGCGCGCAUGGCCAU